GUGUAUAUGAGUCUCUGUUCUUACACUGUUGUCCUCUGUGACUGAGCGUCUUCACGUCUCCUCACCUCCAUGCAGGUGAGCUAUGGAUGAAAGCACAUUUGAGACAUUUGAGGAAGAGCUCGGUCAACCACUGCCAGAAGUUUCUCCUCCGAAACCUCUGAGAGCGGCGCGUACGGGAGGGCGAGCGGAGAUGUACGCUCAGAGGAGAACACGUGAGGAAGCUCCAGCACUUCAGCAGCAGAUACCAAAGAUGACUCCACGCGAACACCUGACCUCCAGUGCGACCUCAUUGCGUAAAGCCCGGUCCAUCCAGAAUCUGGCUCAGAUCGAGACACCGUGGGAAGGCGUGACACUGAACAGAUGUCUGAUCAUCGCCAUCACCAUCCUGGUGCUCACCUCCGGUCUACAGAGGAUUAACGAGGUCCUCAGGGGUCGUAAGGACGUCAGUGAAGAGUCCACAGCUGUCAGUGAAAGACACGCUUUCAUCAGGAGGUCGAAAUUACCUGCACAAGAGAAUGAGACAUCUUUAUGGGACACAUUAUUCUGGUGGCUUGAUGAUGAUGAUGAUGAAGACUCUAACAAACGUAAAUCCAAGAGGGCAACUCAGGAGAGAGUGUCCAGAGGCUUCAGGCACCGGACCUUUACACAUCCAAAACUCCUAAAGCAAAGAGAGACAACAUUCAGCGAACGCAGAAGACGACGAGACACAGAUGAGAUUAAAGAGAGAACGAAGAACAAAAAAGAGGAAGAGAUUAAAGUCAAAAAGAAAACAGAAGAAGAGGAGGAGGAAGAAGAGAAGAUUAAGAAAUCAAAGAAGACAGCAAUGAAGGACAGAAAACAAAAAUCCAUGAAGAAACUCUAAAGUGUGAUGAUGAACAUGAUGAAGUUAUGAUUGUGUCAUAUUUUACAUCACAAUCAAAAGAAAUAAGGAAUUCUGUUAUUUAUCAUUAAGAAAAUUAGAUUUUUGAAACUUUAAAGGGUGGUUUCCCAGACAGGGAUUAUCUUAAACCAGGACUAGGCCUUAGUUUAAUUAGGAAAUAUAACGAGUUUGAACAAACAUGCCUUACUAAAAACUACUGGGGUGCAUUUUGACGCAAAACAAAGUGCACUGAUGUAUUUGAAGAUAUGUUAGUGCAAGUUGUUUUCAGUUUGGACAGCUCUUAAAUUUAUUUUAGUCUAGGACUAGUCUAAUCCCUGCCGGUAAACCACCCCUAAGAGGCUUGACAUUGUAAAUAUUUUUCUUGUUAACUAUUCCUUUAUUUCCCAUAAAAAACAAUGAAAAUAUUUUUUAUUUUGAGAACAGCAAUGAAAGUUAACGUGUUUAAAUAAAAAGAUCAUAAGAGACUUCUGCACUACAGUAACUCUAAAAAACAUGGAGUUAUUUUCAACCAAACAUUGGAUCAAAGACAAACCCAACCUGUUGAGUUGUAAUUUAACCUAUAUGCUUAACCCAUUGUUGGGACAAAUAUAAGUAAUCAACGGCUGGGUUUGUCGCUUUAUGAUCCAAUGUUGGGUUGAAAAUAACCCAACAUUUUUUAGUGUAGUGUCAUUGAUUUUGUUGAUCUUCAGGACUUUCUUAUUAAAAGUUAAAGAUGGAUAACUAGUGGAUAUUCAGCUGUAAAUGCUGUGAUACAGUCAGGUGGGAUUUUAACUUUUAAGACCAAGAAUCCUUAUUAGCAUUUUAACUUUUGGAAAUGUUUGAGCCUGAACAUAAAAGUUGUUGCGUGCAAAAAUAAAGCUUUUUUACUUCGGCAAA